AUCAGACAGACGCAUCACCCCAGAGAAGGCUCGGUCUUCAAUCGCUUUCUAUGGACAAAGCGCUGCACGUCCUCUCUCUCUCUCUCUCUCUCUCUCGCAAGAGAGCAGGGCCGAUACGUUCCCUCAAACAAGGCAGGCAGGCGAUUCAAUCUCUCCGACCAGUCCGCCUGUGCGUGACGGCACCCGAUGCAGAUGCCGCUUGAGGGAUCUCGUCAGUGGCACCUUGCUGACCUGACACCACAUCAGCAGACAGGCAGCAAAGCCACCUUAGGUUCUUUCUCUCCUCGGCGCUGUGCUGGUCGUGCGGCCUCACUGCCGAGAGCAGUCUCUGGCGGCUCAUCCUCAGCCUCGUCUUCCGCGUCUUCCACGUCUUCCACUGCACACGUGACACACAUCACACCACACACACAAUAUCGACAGACACUGACUGCAUCUUAUUCAGCAGCCACGAUGGAUGCAUGGGCUGACCAAUCCAAUUCCGAUAUUCACGGUCUGACAGUCGCUGGGACGCUGCAGCAGACCAGACAACAAACAGGGCACAGACAGACAGACAGACACCCAGUCUGUCGAGGCGUGUGGUCGAUUGUGUUGCUACAGCCAGCCCGUGCACAUACUUACGCUUGCGCAGUCUGACAACAAUGGGGUCAUCGUGGAAUUGGCCGCGGUCCCGAUAUUCCUCCAUUCCGCCAGGGAGCUGAAUCUCGAGGUCAUCUACCCCCAGAUCGUCCACCCUCACCCAGCACAUCUUGAGGCUCAUGAGCACCUUCAUCUGCAGGUCACGGAGGUCGAUCGGCGGACCGUGCUCUUCGACGACUGGCGGCUGCAUGAGCAUCUCGACGUCGUGCUUGGGGUCGUCGGGGAAGAGACCGUGCAGCUCGUAGAGUUUCAAAUGGCUUUGCGGCUCACACACACGAGUGUGGGUCGGACUGUAACUGUUGCCCAUUUUCCGAAGCCGCUGCGGCACCGAAGUUGUCGAAGGUAGCAGACCCUGAGAGUCGUGAAUGAGGGAUGCCACGGCGCG